AUGGCAACUGUUCGGAAGCUCAUAGUUGAGGUGGUCGACGCACGGGACCUUCCGCCCAAGGACGGCCACGGCACGGUGAGUCCAUACGUCCAGGUGGACUACUACGGCCAGCGAAAACGGACGCAGACUGUUAUAAAGGACCUGAACCCUAAAUGGAACGAGCUUCUCGAGUUCAACGUCGGGAAACCUUCUGACGUUUUCGGGGAUGUGCUGGAACUCGACGUCUAUCAUGACAAGAACUACGGCCCCACCACCCGGAACAACUUCCUCGGCCGACUCCGGCUGACGUCGUCUCAGUUUGUGAAGAAAGGCGAGGAGGCUCUUAUAUACUUCCCCUUGCAGAAGAAGAGCCUCUUCAGCUUUAUUCAGGGCGACAUUGGCUUGAAGAUUUAUUACGUCGACGAGGCUCCACCACCUCCUCCUCCGCCGCCGGAGGAACCCAAGGCUCCUGAGCCCGCGCCGCAAGAGGAAGCUAAGCCUGCUAAAACUACGGCUCCACCACCGGCUGAGGAAGCAGCACCACCACCUCCGGAAUCUGAGAAGAAAGAAGAAGCGGCGCCACCGGUAACGGAGCUACCGCCGCCGUCAGAAAACGAGAAACCUGCUGAGGAACCACCGGCUGAGGCAGCCGCGCAACCACCGGAGACUGCAGCAGCUGAAACUGCAGAAUCCGAUCAGUUACCGCCACCACCGCCACCGCCACCAGAAAUCUAUGCCGAGAAGCAGCAGCUAGGUCAAAAUGAUCAUAUUGAGAUGAUGUCAGCUUCUUCCGUAUCGAAAUCAGUGCCGGAGAUCAAGUUCGUCGGCGGAAUCAACGGUCCACAGCCAAUGGCCCGCCGCCCCUCAGGAGUCCCAAGCUACACACAGCUGGAGCCAACUGAGAGUAUGUCAAUCGAUCGUCCGACGUCGUUUGAUCUGGUGGAGAAGAUGCAUUACCUCUUCGUCCGAGUAGUCAAGGCCCGCUACCUCCCUGCCAACGGCAGACCCGUCGUCAAGAUCUCCGCCUCCAACUACCACGUGACGUCAACCCCCGCCAGAAAAACCAACUGCUUCGAGUGGGACCAGACCUUCGCUUUUGGCCGCCAGUCCCCGGACUCCGCUUCCAUCCUCGAAGUCUCCGUCUGGGACCCGCCAAUCCCCGACCCAACCGGCGUGGCCUCCGGGCACAACUUCCUCGGCGGAGUCUGUUUCGACGUGGCGGAAAUCCCGCUGAGGGACCCACCGGACAGCCCCUUGGCCCCGCAGUGGUACAGAUUAGAAGGAGGCGGAUCCCGCAUCAACGGGGAUCUGAUGCUCGCCACGUGGAUGGGUACCCAAGCCGACGAAUCAUUCCCCGACGCGUGGAAGACCGACACCGCCGGAAACCCUAACGCACGCGCGAAGGUGUACCAGUCCCCCAAGCUCUGGUAUCUAAGGGCAACAGUCGUAGAAGCACAAGACGUCGUCCCCAUAACGACGUCGUUAAAGGAAGCCACGUUCCAAGUCAAAGCCCAGCUGGGCUUCCAGUCUCUCAAGACCGAGGCUUCCCUGACCCGAAACGGCACGCCGUCUUGGCACCAGGACUUGAUAUUCGUGGCCGCCGAGCCCUUCACCGAUCACUUGGUGUUCGUAUUGGAGAACCGGCAACCGAAAGGGACGGUCACAUUGGGGUUCGCAAAGAUACCACUCACCGCCAUCGAACGCCGUGUCGACGACCGGAAAGUGGCGUCGAAAUGGAUCAGCUUGGAGGAUCCAAAAGACGAGAAGAGAAUGUACACCGGAAGAUUGCACGUGCGGCUUUACUUCGAUGGAGGAUAUCACGUGAUGGAUGAGGCGGCGCACGUGUGCAGCGACUACCGCCCCACGGCCAGGCAGCUAUGGAAGCCACCGGUUGGCACUGUGGAGCUUGGUAUUAUUGGAUGCAAGAACUUGAUACCGGUCAAGACUGUGAACGGUAAAGGUUGUACGGAUGCGUAUUGUGUUGCCAAGUAUGGUUCUAAGUGGGUACGUACACGGACCGUAUGCGAUAGCUUGGAGCCCAGGUGGAAUGAGCAGUAUACUUUCAAGGUCUUUGAUCCUUGUACAGUGUUGAGUAUCGGUGUGUUUGAUAGCAGUGGAGUCUUCGAAACCGACGGCCCGAGGGACGCCACGCGUCUCGACUUUCGAAUUGGGAAGGUACGUGUACGUAUAUCGACUCUGACUACGGGUAGAGUGUACAAGCAUACGUAUCCGUUGUUGGUCUUGUCUCCGGCGGGUUUGAAGAAAAUGGGGGAAGUGGAGAUUGCCAUACGCUUUGCUCGUGUGAGUCCUAUCUUGGAUUUGGUCCACGUCUACUCGCAGCCUUUGUUGCCUUUGAUGCACCACAUAAAGCCGCUAGGAGCGGGGCAACAAGAGAUGUUGAGGCGAGCGGCGGUAAAAAUCGUGGCAGCACAUCUGUCACGAUCGGAACCGCCACUUGGCCGUGAGACGGUUCUCUACAUGUUGGAUGCGGACUCACAAGGGUUCAGCAUGAGGAAAGUUCGUGCUAACUAUUUCCGGAUCAUCAAUGUCGUGGCCGGAGUAAUGGACAUUGUGGGGUGGAUAAACGACACUCGUUCGUGGAAGAAGCCGAUGGCGACUAUAUUGGUGCACGCAUUGUUGGUGCUGUUUGUGUGGUUUCCUGAUUUGAUAAUCCCAACUUUGCUAUUUUACGUCUUCGCAAUCGGCGCGUGGAACUACAGGUUCCGUUCUCGGGUCCCACUUCAACACUUUGAUCCAAAGCUCUCACUGGCAGAUACAGUUGACCGUGAUGAACUUGACGAGGAGAUCGAUAUGGUGCCAAGCAGCAGAUCGUAUGAGGUGGUGAGGGCCAGGUACGAUAAGCUACGGACGCUUGGGGCACGUGUCCAGACGGUAUUGGGGGAUUUUGCCACGCAAGGAGAGCGCGUGCAGGCGUUGGUGACGUGGCGUGAUCCACGUGCGACGGGGAUUUUUGUUGGACUGUGCUUUGUAGUAGCAAUGGUGUUGUACUUGGUUCCGUCCAAGAUGGUGGCAAUGGCGUUCGGGUUUUACUACCUGCGCCAUCCGAUCUUUCGCGACAGAACGCCGUCGCCGGCCCUGAACUUUAUGAGGAGGCUUCCUUCACUGUCCGAUCAACUUUUGUAG